AUGCCUUUCCUUGUUCAACAAUGUAAGAGCCAUGGCGGAGAAAUUGCAGGCAGAGCGGCUCUCAUGUCGUUAGACCACCCGGCUCAGUGCAUGGAUGGCGGUAUACUGUUACGGCGCUCUGACUCGACCAAGGAUUUCUGUCAGUCUGCCAUCGUAGGACUGCGGCACAUAAAUGACGUGUGUCGAGUAGUGAUACCGGAUUUGGAAGUGAUGCCACGAAUACCGUUUGUGCGGUACUUGAUAGAGAGCGUGAGCGCACUGUGUUACGCUUCUUCGUGGUUCGUACGAUUGGGAGGAGCGAGCGGGUUGAUGUAUUUCAUAGAAAAUUAUCCGGACUCCGUGGUUCUCGCCAAUAUGAGCGGAUUCAUGGAAAGCUUGAUUGAGGUUCUCAUUGGAAUGACUGAUCAGGUGUCUUGUGGUGCCGUGGACAUGGCUGUAGGAGCCAUAGAAAAAUUGCAGAAACGAUGUCUUGCCGGUUGUAACAUCAACGAUCCGAAAGUAUCCGUGUUUAUGAAUUGCGUUGCAAAUCAUUUGUUCAGCGGGAACCAACACGUAAGACAGAAGACGUUGGCCAUGCUGAAUACGUGUGCAGGAGUACUUGGAGUAUCACUUUCUUCGUUAAUGUGCAGCUAUCGAGAAGUGUUCGUAGCACAGAUAGAGCGUGCAAUGAACGAAUUCAAUGUACUGGCACUGCUUGACCGUUGUGGAUGUUUGGAAGCGCUGUGUACGAUUUUCACCUGCCAGCCUCCCCUCGUUGACAUCUCGAUUGAGUCGGACAGAACUCAGAAGUUUGCGAGUGAGCUCAUUGCUGUGUGCCAGAUGCAUAUCAACGAAAUGCUUGAGCUUGAACUUUUCAAAUCAAUGGACGGUUGCCCUGCUCAUUUCCUUCCACCGUAUACU